AUACAUCAUGCAAAUGGGCAGUGACCUUCUGGUUGACCCAAAUGCCCAGAGGAUCAGGGCCACACAGACCUUCGUCCAACCCCAGUUUGACGCAGUCAGGCAAGUCCAUGACAUCAUGCUUGUGAAGCUGAGCAGCCCGGCCACGCUCUCUUCCACCUUGAGGACAAUCAAUGUGCCCUCCAGGUGCAAACCGGCCGGGAACAGUUAUACUGCCUCAGGCUGGGGCAGUAGCACCACACAUGUAGUGAGAAACACAUCACAGCUCAUGUGCACCAAAGCCAGCAUCCUCCCCAUCAAGGAAUGCAGGGAGGUUUCCUCGAACAUGCAGAAGAGGUCCAUGCUCUGUGCUGCUCCUCCCAACAGACGGUCCUCCAUGGUAAAGGUGACUCGGGGAGCCCACUGAUGUGCGAAGGUUCCCUGCAAGGCCUGGUGUCCAAGGGAAAUGUCCCUCCUCGACCGCCCUUCCUCCCAACCUUCUACACGCCUGUGUGUGCUUACUGCAAAUGUAUUAGCGAUACCAUGAGAGGGAAUGCCUAAUCCCUCCAUACUGCCACCUCUCCAUCCCUACACCCUAGAACAGUUACUUCGCAAAGAAUAAAAAAUUAAAAAAU